AUCAUUUUGCACAACAUGGACUCCGGUAGGCUAGCUAGUUGACUUUAAUUUAGUUAUUUACAGAAGGGAUAUACGGAACAUUUUUGCUGUCGCCUGUCGAUGUUCUGUUCCUGUUAGCAUCUGUUUGGUAGUUUUUAAGCAGAACACGAGAAGAGCUGUCUGCUGUCUGCUGUAUUCUCGGUUUGAAACGUAACAUGUUUGACUCAGACAGGUGAGAGAGAUGAAACAUGGGCAGGAAUGGACCAAAAUGUGACUCCAGGAAGCCAAAGAGUCAGCUGUCAUGUCACACAGCAACCUGCGUCGUCUCAGUAUGCAGGGAACACAGCGGACAAAUUGCCUGAGGAUCCCCUUCCUUCUGCUGUAUGCUGCUGCUGUAGGCUCCUCCACCCGGAGCUAAGUCCCCUGUGAUGGAGAGUGUGUGAAAGGGGACCCCGCCAGCCUCCAUGGCUCAUUCGUCAGACCCAUUGCGCAGGGAGAAGACCCCCGGGACCCAAGGGUCACACACGGCUACACGCAACCUCUUACGAAAGAAAGAGCAGCGGCGGCGUGGAAUCCGAUCCUCCUCGCCCAUGGGCCGGGUCAUCCUCAUCAACUCUCCUGUGGAUGGUGGAGAUGACAGUGAGGACCUCCAUACGAUCACAGUAGAUAAGAGUGUGGACGGCAAGCUCGGCUUCAGCGUGCGAGGAGGCUCAGAACAUGGCCUCAGCAUCUUUGUCAGUAAGGUGGAGGACAACAGUACAGCAGAGGAGGCAGGCCUGCUUGUAGGUGAUAAACUGGUGGAGGUGAAUGGUAUCAGCCUGGAGAACAUCACGAUGAGCAGCGCUGUGAAGGUCCUGACCGGCAACAAUAGGCUGAGGAUGGUGGUGAGACGCGUUGGCAAAGUCCCCGGCAUCCGCUACUCCAAGGAGAAGACUACCUGGGUGGACUUGAUACACAGGCGUAUGGUGGUGGAGGAGAGCGGACGCACACCUUCUGAUGCCAGCUCGGGAAACGCCCUUCAACGGAUCGUCCACCUUUCCACCACCUCAGACGACUAUUGCCUGGGUUUUAACAUCCGGGGGGGAAAGGAGUUUGGUCUGGGCAUCUAUGUCUCCAAACUGGAUCCUGGAGGUCUCGCUGAGCAGAAUGGAAUAAAGAUGGGGGACCAGAUCCUGGCUGCCAAUGGCGUGAACUUUGAGGACAUCAGCCACAGUAACGCUGUGGAGGUGCUGAAGAGCCACACGCAUGUCAUGCUGACCAUCAAGGAAGCAGGACGAUACCCUGCUUAUAAAGAGAUGGUGGCAGAGUACAGGUGGCUCAAUAAGCUGGCCAACGGUACUCAGAAAUCUUCCUCCCAGGGUUCAGAAUCCAACUCCUCAGCCUCCUCUCUGUCGUCUGGGACUCCGGUGAGCUCUCUGAGUGGCCUGUCGCAGGUCAUGUUCCCUCCCAGCCUGCCUUUUUGUUCAGACAUGGUGGAUGUCUGCAUCUCUACGGAGGAUCAGAGGUCUGAGUCAGCGCGAACGGAGACCGCCAUGCAGACGGACCUUCCUCAGAAGACUGGUGCAGAAACCACUCGCAGCCUUGGACGAACCACUCUGCUCAAAGACACGGUGAUCCGUGGAGAGGAGGGCGGGGGGAGGCAAGAGUCCCAUAAGACUGCCGUGCUGAUGGCUCUCAGCAGACCGAGCCGACCAAUCAGCCGAUCUCAGAGCCAAGUCACCAUUGCAGAGAUCAAGCAGAAGAAAGAGAAGAAGCAGAAAGGGAAAAACCCAGAGGAGAAGAGCGCCCUGCAGCGCUCAAAGACCUUCGUCAACUCGCUAUUCAAAGGUGGACGCAAGAGAGACACUUCCAGGGGGCGCUCCAAGUCACCGUCCUCACACAAGGCUGGUAAAGGGGGACGACAGGUCGGUGCAAUGCCAAAUUCAGAGAUGCUUGGUGUGGUGGAGGACAUGGCCCGCAGGCUGCUGACUGAGCAGGAGGUGGCUGCUGUAAUGAAGACGUGCCGAAGGUAUGUGACAGAGCGGUCAGUGGAGCACUUGAUACGCCACCUGCUGGCUGUGCUGGACAGACCUGAGAAGCUGCUGCUGCUGAGGGAAGUCCGGUUGCUGCUUCCUCCUCCUGACCUGAGUGCAUUCAAUAACAUGGUGACCCCGAUCGAAGUCGAGGCCUACGAUAUCCUCAAGUAUCGCUCAAUCAAAGCUCCUCUUCUUCGCUCUCCCACAUCUGGUCGAGCACCAAAACGGCGCCUCAUCACUCCCAUCCCGGAUUACAGGGGAGGUUUUGAGCUCCACAAUGCCGAUGAGGUGGAGAAGGAGAGCCACCUACUGGAAGAGUUGGAGAAACUCAGUGUGUCGGGGCCUCGGGAGAGGCCUCAUCCCUCCAGGUCUUUCACCCCGCUGCUGGACAUACCAGUGGAUGGAUACAACGCAGAGUCCAGAGACUCUCCGCCCUCUGCCAGCCCCAUGCUCCCCAACUGGCUACUGGCCCACAGCGAUCACUCCCGCCCUCCUCUCCGAACAGACAUCGGCACGAUUCGCUCCGUCCACUUUGACGAAGUUUCACUGCACUCAACUUCAGACGCGGCCUCAGACAGAGGAAGGUCCCCGUUCAGAAACGGCUACUCCACAGGCAAAAAGGAGAAAAGCGAAGAUGGGAGUAAAGAAAGUGUGUUCACGCUGCAGAGUGCUGCUCGCAGGAGUCGGCCCUUGUUGUCGCAGGUGUUCAGAUCGAGUCCGGAUCAGCGAGUGGGGAGCGAACAGAUAAACGGACAUCAGGCUUCCUCAGAGAAUAGACUCAACAGCUCCGAGCCUAAACACGAGUACGAGCUCAAAACUGUCAGCAUCUCCAAGACCAAACAGUCACUGGGCAUCAGUAUAUCUGGUGGGAUGGAGUCGAAGGUUCAGCCGGUAGUAAAGAUCGAGAAGAUCUUUCCUGGAGGAGCAGCCUCCACCUGUGAAGUGCUCAAGGCUGGAUUUGAGUUGAUGUCAGUGGACGGAGUCUCGCUGCAAGGCGUGACUCAUCAGCAUGCUGUCGACAUCAUCCGAAAAGCCUUCAGCAACAAGGCCAAAGACCCCAUGGUGUUUGUGGUCAAAGUCCGUAAAAGCAUUUGAAAGGAGACUGUUUAGUCCCAGAAAUAAAUUCAUGAUGACAGUCUCAGAGACUUUAACUCUGGCCGAAACGCACUGUGCUGCUCUGAGGUCAGGUAGGUAGUUUUGCCAUUCAUGUUAAAGUUAGUUGUUGAAUGAUUACAUGGACACUGCUAACUGUUGAGCAACAUUGGCCUAAGGCAGCAGAUUUACUGGAUUUAAGAGAAUUAAGCAUAUGAAAUAAUAUAAGAACAUUAUCACUAAAAGUAGACGCACAAGCAACAAGUCAGUUAAAUGUGUCCAGAAAGCCUGAAACCAUAAAAACAAAUGGUGCUCCUGAUGCCUUUAAUAUUUCACUUUAAUCACAACCAAGGAGCCAAUGCCUGUCAAGAACAUUUCUUUUUACAUUUUGUUUCCUAUUAACAUCCAAAUGUCAAAAAGAGUGCAGAAGUUUGUUUAUAUCAGACUUCUUAAAUGUGCAGCACGACAAACUGCAAACUGAGUGCCUUUUUUAAAAGCCCUGUUAACAGUGUGCCUCCUUUUGACCUGCAGAGGGCAGACGAGACAUUCAGAAACAUUUGUUCUCUGCAGAAGCUAAUCAGGAAAAUGUUAAACGCCUCAAACUGCGAACAUCUCCUAAAUGUUGAGGAUCGUAGGAUAAAUAAUCUAGAUUGUCUGGAGAGCAUUAUAACCCAGUUAAAACUCAGUGUUUACAAAGACUAAAUUAUGAUCGUGUCUAUAAUGUGUUGUAAUAAUACAAUUAAGGGAGAACAUGCUGUAAGACUUUCAAGUUGUAUGAAGUUGAACAAAUCUCCAUGUAAGACACACAGCUAUUACAUUUUGUCUUUUUUAAUUAAAAACAGGUUUGUUCAAGAAAUGUACAGCAUGAAAAUAAACAUUUUAUGUCUUCAUACAAAUAUUGUGGAUUAUAAAAUUAUACUGAGGAACAAACAACCAACCAUCCACAUAAACAUUAAUAUUCAGGCGUCUUUU